GUCCUUUCCAACACUGUCACUCCCGCUGUCCACGCGAGUGCCAAGUUAUUAUAUUUUUUUACAUGCAUAUUUGAUAAUAAAACAGUUCUUUGAUCACACUGUAUUUACCUGAGACGCAGCCAUGAGUACGAUUCUGGAGAAAAUCUCGGCCAUCGAGUCGGAGAUGGCACGCACGCAGAAGAACAAGGCGACAUCGGCGCAUCUGGGUCUGCUAAAGGCCAAGCUGGCCAAGCUUCGACGGGAGCUGAUCUCGCCCAAAGGAGGCGGCGGUGGCACUGGAGAAGCCGGCUUUGAGGUGGCCAAAACGGGAGAUGCAAGAGUCGGGUUCGUCGGCUUUCCUUCGGUGGGAAAGUCGACGCUGCUUUCGAAUUUAGCCGGAGUGUACUCGGAGGUGGCCGCCUACGAAUUCACAACCCUGACGACGGUGCCUGGAUGCAUCAAGUACAAAGGAGCGAAGAUCCAGUUGCUCGAUUUGCCCGGUAUCAUCGAGGGAGCCAAGGAUGGCAAGGGUCGUGGUCGUCAGGUGAUUGCCGUGGCCCGCACAUGCAAUCUAAUCUUCAUGGUCCUGGAUUGCCUCAAGCCGUUAGGCCACAAGAAGCUGUUGGAGCAUGAAUUGGAGGGCUUUGGCAUUCGGCUGAACAAGAAGCCACCAAACAUUUACUACAAACGGAAGGACAAGGGCGGCAUCAAUCUCAACUCAAUGGUCACUCAAUCGGAGCUGGACACGGAUCUGGUCAAGACGAUCCUCUCCGAAUACAAGAUACACAAUGCGGAUAUUACGCUGCGAUACGAUGCCACUAGCGACGACCUGAUCGAUGUUAUUGAGGGCAACCGUAUCUAUAUACCGUGUAUCUAUCUGCUGAACAAGAUUGAUCAGAUCUCCAUUGAGGAACUGGACGUCAUUUACAAGAUUCCGCAUUGUGUGCCAAUUUCGGCGCAUCACCACUGGAACUUUGACGACUUGCUCGAGCUGAUGUGGGAGUAUCUGCGGCUGAUUCGUAUUUACACCAAGCCCAAGGGACAACUGCCAGACUACAAUUCGCCCGUGGUUCUCCACAACGAGCGGACCAGCAUCGAAGACUUUUGCAACAAGCUGCAUCGCACCAUAGUCAAGGAGUUUAAAUAUGCGCUCGUUUGGGGCUCUUCGGUGAAGCACCAGCCGCAGAAGGUGGGCAUUGAGCACGUACUCAACGAUGAAGACGUGGUGCAGAUUGUGAAAAAGGUUUAGAGCUUCGUGUUGUUUACAUAUUUAUUAUGUUUGCUUGCAGUUUUGCAUUUGAAAAUAAAAAACGAAUAUGCUGUAA